GAGGCGGAGCGCCGGGCAGACGGUUCUCGCUGGACUCCCGGAGGUGCAGCUCGGGACUGUGGACGUCUUCCUCAUGCCCUCCGACGAAUCGUUCGUGGCCGUGACAUGUACGGCGCCGGUCAAUAUCGCGGUCAUCAAGUACUGGGGGAAGCGAGAUGAGGAGCUGAUCCUGCCCCUCAACUCCUCUCUGAGUGUCACUUUGCACCAGGAUCAGUUAAGAACGACCACAACAGCUGCCAUCAGCAGGGACUUCCUGGAGGAUCGGAUCUGGCUGAAUGGCCAGGAGGAGGAUGUGGAGCAGCCACGCCUCCAGGCCUGCUUGAGGGAAAUACGUCGCCUGGCCCGGAAGUGUGGCAGCACAGGGGAUGAGGACCAGCACUUGCUGACCCCUGGCCCCAGCGACAGGGUGCAUGUGGCCUCCGUGAACAACUUCCCCACAGCUGCUGGUCUGGCUUCCUCGGCAGCAGGCUUUGCCUGCCUUGCCUACACCUUGGCCCGAAUCUAUGGGGUUGAAGGCGACCUCUCAGAAGUGGCUCGGCGGGGCUCGGGCAGUGCAUGUCGCAGCCUGUAUGGUGGCUUUGUAGAAUGGCAGAUGGGGCAGCGGGCAGAUGGCAGAGACAGUGUUGCCUGGCAGGUGGCCUCUGAGUCUCACUGGCCCCAGCUCCGAGUUCUCAUCCUGGUGGUGAGUGCUGAGCGGAAGCCAACAGGCAGCACGGUGGGCAUGCAGACCAGUGUGCAGACCAGCGACCUGCUCAAGUUCCGGGCUGAGGCACUGGUGCCGGCUCGCAUGGCGGAGAUGGCACGUUGCAUCCAGGAGCGAGACUUCCCCGGCUUUGCCAAGCUCACCAUGCAGGACAGCAACCAGUUCCAUGCCACCUGUCUAGACACCUUCCCGCCCAUCUCCUACCUCAAUGACACAUCCCAGCGCAUCAUGCAGCUGGUACACCGCUUCAAUGCCCACCAUGGGCAGACAAAGGUGGCGUACACAUUUGACGCAGGCCCCAACGCUGUGAUCUUCACCCUGGAGGACACCAUGGCUGAGUUCGUGGCUGUUGUGAGGCAUGUCUUUCCCCCAGAGGCGAACGGAGACAAGUUUCUGAAGGGGUUGCCGGUGACACCUGUCCCUGUCUCGGAUGACCUGAAAGCCACCCUGGCCAUGGAGCCUGUCCCCAGAGGUGUCCAGUACAUUAUUGCCACCCAGGUGGGGCCAGGACCUCAAGUCCUGGAUGACCCAGAUGUUCACCUUCUAGGCCAGGAUGGCCUGCCGAAGCCCAGACCGGCUGCCUGACCCCCACCUUGGGACUCCAUUUGCCCACACGGGAUGCUUCCUGGGACCAGGGACUGGUGUGAUGGACAGGCCACACCUGUAGGGAUGCACAGGGCUGUGGGCUGUGGCCCUGGCCAUCCGGGGCAGGUCCGCUUGAGUGCCUCAUUUUCCCGUGGUGCCUUGCUAAGGUGGGCAUUGGGCUGAGCCCCUGCGGGGGCCUCCCACCCCUGAGCCAGCACUCAGGCCAAGGUGGGAAUGGGAAGUUUUUAAAAAGACCAGUGAGCUGGUGGCACACACCUGUCAUCCCAGCACUGGGGGGCUGAGGCAGGAGGAUCAAAAGUUAAAGCUCAGCUUAGACCCUGUUUUACUGAAAAAAAAAAUAAAAUAAAAUAAAAAAAUGCAGGGGAUGUAGAGCCCAGGAUACAACCCCUAUUACUGCCAGAAAACAAACACGUAAAACCAAAAGACUAGCGACCCCUCCCUAGGAGAAGACAGCUGCUGGGUGGGCUGGUUAGGUGGGGUCCUCACGCAGAAUAAAGGGUGUUGGUGAGCGCAG